AGCAGAACCAGUUCUGAGAAGCAGAUCAAAAUCAUCAAACACGCCCCAAAUUGAAGAAGAUUGAAGAAAUUUUCAGAAUCUGGAGAAACCUUUCAAUCUAUGAAACUUUCCAUAUGGACCACACAAAUCACCCGGUAACAGGCCAAUGGUUACCUAAGCAGCAAAAAAUCGCGGUAUUAAUGAAUCAAGUGAACAAAUUAAGACGAAAAUUUAGACUGUGCCGUCCGUAUCUUGCGACUCGAAAUCAAAUUAAGUUUGUCUUCAAAUUUGCAAGAGAAGCAUUGCUUUCUCAAAUCACAAAACAGGCAUGCUCUUCUGCUUCUAAGACUGUGUAUGAGACUUGUGUGAUUUGCUUAGAGGAUGUGGAUGUUGGACGGAUUGUCUCAGUUGAUGGCUGCAUGCACUGGUAUUGCAUCUCCUGCAUGAAGCAACACAUGGAAGUUAAAUUGCUUAGUGGGCUAUUACCUGAAUGCCCUCAUGAUGGCUGUAAUUCGGAACUGAGAAGUGAUCAUGUUAGUAAACUUUUGACACCUAAGCUUGUUCACCUCUUGAAUCUGCGAAUCAAGGAAGCUUCAAUUCCCGUCGGGGAGAGAGUGUAUUGCCCUUUCCCCAAGUGCUCUGCACUGAUGUCAAGAAGAGAGAUCUUCGAACACUCUAGAGGAGCCAAUAUUGAUACUGAAAGGUCUGGGGCUAGGGUAUGCACAAAUUGCAAUGGUCUGUUCUGUAUUAAUUGCAAAGUUCCAUGGCACAGUAGAAUGAAUUGCAUCGAGUACAAUACAAGAAAUCCCGGGCCACAAGAAGAUGUGAAGCUGAAGAGUUUGGCUGCUGUAAAAUUGUGGAGACAAUGUGUGAAAUGCAACCAUAUGAUUGAAUUAGCUGCUGGGUGCUACCACAUGACUUGCAGAUGCGGCUAUGAGUUUUGCUACACAUGUGGAGCAGAGUGGAAAGGCAAGAAACAGACAUGCUCUUGUCCUCUCUGGGAUGAGGAGAACAUCUUAGAUUCAGACGAGGAACUGGUGGACGAUGACAGCGAUUUUGAAGAUGGGGAUGAAGAUUUUUUUUGAUUUUUGAAUCUCUCUCUCUCUCUCUCAAGUUAAUGCAUGGAAUUAGCUUUUCAUUCUGUUGAUUGAAAAACUAAGGAACUUUUUUGGGGUUGGGCUUGAGGGGGUUUCCCUUUGUCCAUUUUUGUUCCUGCAGUCCUGCCUUUGUUUGUGAAUUGUGAUCCUAAUACACACACACACACACACAUUGAAGCAUAAGAAAAUAGACUCUUGGAA